CAUUAACUAAGCAACCGUCAUAAGAAGUUCAAAAAUGAACUGUUUCUUAGCUAUUCUUGCCUGCUUAACAGCAGUUACAUUAGCCAGCCCAGUUGACGAUGUGAUUAUAGAAUUCCUCGCCAAUGGAGAAGCGAUGUGCAGAACUAACUGCAAUCGCCAUCACAACCGUAACAAUCCUAUCAGUCCAUGGAACGAUUGUCCACCAACCAACUGCCCACCACCAUUCCGUCCUCCAAACUGCGGUGCUCCAGACUGCUCAAUAAUUGCAAACAGAGUUCGUGGAGUUCAUUUUGAUCAUCCCAGUGAUCCAAAUCGAUUCAUUGUCUGUGCACCACUUGAUGCCGUUACAUGGGCACCAAAGGAACGAUGGUGUGGCUGUGGAACAUUGUUCAGCUCCCUUUCAGACCCUACAAAAUGUGUUCACCCAUGGGAUUGGACACAAGUAUGUGGCACUCAACCAAAUCCACCAACUUUAAGUACUGAAAAUUGCGGUGAAGUAGAUUGCCCAGAUUGCGACAAUGGAGGUAAUACAUUACCUCCAACAGCUGAAGAAACUCUUCCUACAUCUCCUAUUCCUACCACUACACCUCCACCUAAUGGCAACUGCCCAUGCCCAUGCAUACCAUGCGUCUGGUGGCCAUGUCAACCAUGCCCAAAUAACUGCGCUUGCAACAAUCAACAACAACCAGUCCAACAACCAAGACCACCAAUGAGACCCAACAAUCCAUGGGAACAGCCAAUUCAACAGCCAAGACCACCAAUGAGACCAAACCAUCCAUGGGAACAGCAACCAGUUGACCCAGUAUGGCCAAACCAUCCAUGGGAUCAGACACCAAACAACCCAUGGAAUCAACAACCUUGGCACCAAAUGGAUGCCGAAGAAGAAAAGGAAGAAUAAUUCCCCAAACAUCAGUGCCACUAAAUGAAUAAUUCUGAAUUAAACAAUCUUAUGUGAUGACUAUAAAUAUGAUAAUCUAAAAAUUAUGAUGUAAACUUUCCAUGAUAGCAUUGAUCAAGCUUAACAAUAACAAGCAAUAAAAUAUUAAUCGUAAGCAAGCAACAAAAA